AGAUCUAGAUCUAUAGGAUAGAUCAAUAGAUCUAGUUUCUAGGCCUACAUUUAAACAAAAACGGACAAAGAAAUAAAAUGAAAGGGAGCGAGACAAAUUCCAGGAAUCGGAUUUUUCACUUUCAUUUACAUAUAAAUGACAUGUAUUUCCAAAAAGUACAUGUCACAAUCGGCCAGACUGCGUACUGCGCAUUUUAAGCUGAAUGUGACAUAAAUCUAUAUAGAUGGAUUGUAGAUCUAUAUGUAUAUAGAAAAUCAAGGCCUACGGUACACUAGAUCUAGACUCUUUAUAAAUUAUAGACUGAUCUAAAUUUAGAUUAGAUCUCCUGGUCAUCAAAAAAUUAAUUUUAAAACUUUGCCAUGGUAUGCUCUGCAAAUUGAAUACUGUAUGACCUGGAAAAUAGUUAACUUCUAAUACCAGCUGAAAAUGGAGGAUGAAAUAGAUGUGUUUGAUGAAGAAGUAAAAGAAAAAAAUCUUAGACAAAAAGCUGGUGCAAAAAGUCGUUGUCCAACCGUUAAGGAGUUGAAGAGUAUGGUAGAAAAUGAUGAGCCUUGUACAAUUUUACUUAGGAUAACAAGACCUGAUGGUUCAUUUGAAAAGCUUCUCAAAGACUAUGAUACUAAUAGUGAUAAACUGCUCCUGACUGUCAGAGUCUUGGGCAAAGCACUGAGUGAUCCACAAGGAUCACAGGAACAAGCCAUAAUUGAUGUCAUAACAAUGUUCAUGAAUGCUUCAGAUUUUCAAGACAAACUUUGUGACAGUUUAAGAGGGUCUUUGUCUGAGGAGGAAGACUAUGUCAAAUCUUGUUUGACAAUUUUGAAGGUUGCACUAGAAAAACAACCCAAUGUUGCUGCCAAGAUAUUAGAAUCCAUUUUUAUGCGAUUGGAUUAUGCUGUUGAUGGUUUUUUUCCACACCUAAACAAUGAAAGAGAUUUGGUUAAAAGACUUCUUCGUAAACCUAUGAAAUUUGUUGACAAAAAGGAUGCUAAAAGAGAGAGAGAAAAUGUACCUGAUGAAGAAAUGGAUCCAAAUGAUUUUCGUGAACUAAGUAUCUUUCCUACAACUACAGAUUUUAACCCUGAUGUUGAUAUUUCUGUCCGUGCCAACAAAGUUCAGGGACGGUUCAGAAAUGUCAAUGACUACCUUGAUAUACAGUUUCGAUUGCUGAGAGCUGAGCUUAUUAUUCCUCUUCGUGAAAACAUAAAUAAAUAUUUAUCAAGAACUGAUAAACAUGAACAGAUUGGGUUUAAUAUCUACACUGAUGUUCGAAUAGUUCGACCCAUUUGUCAAGAUAAAGGAUUAUGCUUGAGACUGUCCUUCAACAUUGGCAGGCACAGGAGAGUUAAUUGGGCUAUAUCACAGAGGCUGAAGUAUGGUUCACUCUUGUGUUUGUCUUCAGAUAAUUUCCAGAAUUUCCAGUGUGCUGUUGUUGAGGACCGUGAUGUAAAAAAUUUAGCAAAGGGCUUGGUGGAUGUCCGGUUUGUCUUGAAUGGUAUAGGUUUUGACCCACGAAAUUAUGAUCUUACUGAGCUUAUGGAAUUGACACAAGGUUCAAGGGACAGAAGAUUCAUCAUGGUGGAAUCACCAUCUUACUUUGAAGCUCACAAGCAUGUUCUGAUGGGCCUUCAAAACUUCACCGAAAACAACUUCCCUUUCUGGAAGUACAUAGGAGAAUGCCAACACAUCGUUGACCCCCCACAAUACAUCAGAAAUCUACAGCAACCUAAGUUUGAUUUGAGACCUAUAUUAGAUCCAAAAUUCGAAAUAGAUGAAAAUUCACCCUCUGUUUAUAAGUUUAGUGAGGAUUCCAGUGUUGCAGAGUCUGUGGAGAUAUUAAAUCGAGAAACAUGGCCUAACCAUAACACUUUAGGAGUUGAUACCUCUCAAUAUUUGGCCUUGCAUUCAGCCUUUUCUAAAGAGUUUUCCAUCAUUCAAGGCCCUCCAGGGACUGGAAAAACAUUUAUUGGACUUCUGAUAAUUAAAUGUUUGCUUCAUAAUAAGCAGAUUUGGACAGAAGGUGAUCAGAAACCUAUUCUACUUGUUUGUUACACUAAUCAUGCCCUGGAUCAAUUUUUAGAAGGAGUCCUUGACUUUUUUGAGGGGAAAUUAGUCAGAGUUGGUACAAGGAGUAAAAGUGAACGAUUAGAUAAAUACAACCUUAGAGGUUUAAAACACAGGGCAAGAGAAAACCGUAAUGUGGCUCAAGAGAUACACUUAGCUAGACAAACACAACGUAAUGAAAUGAAAGCCAAGAAAGCAGACAUCCAUUUGGAAGCAGCUCAGCUUGAAUUACUUGAAAGAGAAAUAGUCAAAGAAUGCUUUUUAAAGGAUUUAAUUAAUCCUGACACCUAUGAAAAUCUAACUAAAAAGGCAGGAAAAGAAAGUGUGAUAGAAAAAUGGUUAAAAAUAACAAUAGACAAUGAUAAGUUAGAAAAGUUUUCUGCGGAAAAAUUGGCCAAAACUUCAGCUGUCAAUGAAACAAACCCAAAUGAAACAACUGAUUUAGCUGGGAGUGGCGCAGACACAGACAGUGAUGACAGUGAAGAUGAUUCUGAUAUUGUUGAAGUAAUCACUCAGGCAUCUACUACCAGACAAUUGGAUAUAGAUGAAGAUGAGGAUGAUGAUUUAAAUGAUUUGUUCUUUGCUGAACACUUAGAAAAUUUUGAUGACAUUUUGACAAAUAUGAGAAAGAUUAAUCAAAGGCUGGAUGAUGUUGAUGAAGAAGCUGCUAGAAUGAGAGAACAAAACUUAGCUUUUAGUAUCAGUGACUAUGGAGAAGAAGAGAUGCCUCGAAACUUAACUAAGGAGCAAAGAGAGCAUUGGAAUAAAUUAAAACCCAUAAAAAAACGUUACCAAGCAAUUCUUCUGCACAAACUUCAGCAAACUGAACGCAUGACUGAAGAUGAAGCAAAACAGGUUUUUAACCCAUGGAAUUUAAAUAUUUCAGAUAGGUGGAAGCUUUACCGUUAUUGGGUAGAUCUAAAAUGUAGACAGAUCAGGGGAAGCAUCAGAGAUUCUACACAGCAAUAUGAGAGACUAGCUAGAAGAUACCAAGAAAUUUUACACCAAGAGGACAAGUCUAUUCUUGAAAAAGCUACCAUUAUAGGUAUGACAACAACAGCGGCAGCAAGAUAUCAAGGUAUUUUACGAGAAAUUGGACCAAAGAUUAUCUUGGUAGAAGAGGCAGCUGAAGUCUUUGAGGGUCAUGUGAUUACAUCUCUGACUGACCAAUGCCAGCAUGUCAUUUUGAUUGGUGACCACAAACAGCUUCGACCUAAUCCUUCUGUGUAUAAGUUGAAAGAAAAAUAUGGCAUAGACAUUUCCCUUUUUGAAAGACUUGUCAUAAAUGAUUUCCCUUAUGACUGCUUGAAAUACCAGCAUCGAAUGAGGCCUGAAAUAUCUAGACUUUUAAAAGUUCCAGAACUUUACCCAGAGCUUGAAGAUCAUGAAAUUGUUAAACACUAUCCUAACAUCAGAGGGGUGAAUGGCAACAUCCGAUUCAUUCAACAUUAUCAGGUUGAUCAAAGAGAGGCAGAGACCAAAACAUUUAGUAAUGAUUUUGAAGCUCAGUUCCUUGUUGGAUUAUCAGAGUAUCUCAUAAAGCAAGGCUACACUUCCAAGCAGAUCACCAUCCUCUCCCCUUAUGCUGGCCAGGUUCAUCUCAUUAAAACAUUAUGUGAAACACUGCCCAGGUCUCAAGAUGUCUCAAAGAAAAUGCUGAAAGGUUUAAAGAUUUCUUCUGUGGAUAACUACCAAGGAGAAGAAAAUGACAUCAUUCUGCUCUCACUUGUUAGAAGCAAUGAAGAAAAUGACAUUGGCUUCCUUAAAACAAACAACAGAAUAUGUGUUGCCUUAUCCAGAGCUAAAAUGGGUCUCUAUGUAAUAGGUAACUUUCAUGGAAUAUCUCAGUCCAGUCCUUUGAUGGACACAAUUAUAAAUGUUGCUAAAACUUGCGAAUAUAUUAAAGAAAGUCUCUCACUCUCUUGCCCUUUUCAUAAAUUAGGAGAAACAAUUAUUAGGGAAUUCAAUGAUUUUAAAAAGGUACCUGAAGGUGGCUGUAAUAAGCCCUGUGGGAUUCGUCUAGAAUGUGGUCACAGCUGCAAAAGAAUUUGCCACACAGAUGACAUUGAGCACCAAGAUGCUGUCUGCACAGAGCCAUGCCAGUACAGGUGUGAAACUUGCCACAGCUUUUGCCAUGGGGAUCAUCAGUGUGGCAUGCACACCAAUUGCAAGAACUUGGUAGAAAAAAUUGUGCCAGCCUGUGGCCACAAGCAGAUGGUUCCUUGCUACUUGAGCCCCAAUCACUUUGAGUGCAUAGAAGUUUGUAAAGAGAAAUUAAGAUGUGGGCAUGCUUGUACUGGCCAAUGUGGCAAAAAACAUUCACAUACAGAAAUGAAAUGCCAAGUUUUAGUGCAGGUUACUCCAGAUACUUGUGGACAUAAACAGUUUCAAACAGAGUGCUGGAAGUCCAGUGAGAAUACAUCCUCUGAAUGUACUGAGCCUUGCCAGGCAGUCUUAGAAUGUGAACAUAUUUGUACUGGUACAUGUGGCAAGUGUAACAAUGGGCGCCUUCAUUUGAACUGUCAGCAGAAAUGUCAGAAAAUACUCAUCUGUGGUCACUCUUGCAAUGAUACAUGUAACAGUUGCUCUCCUUGCUCACGACAGUGUGAAACUUCAUGUCAACAUUCUCGAUGCCCUAAGAAAUGUGGUGAAUCUUGCACGCCUUGUGUGGAAUGGUGCUCCUGGGCAUGCAAACAUGAGAAGUGCCCAGAGCUCUGCUGUCAGCCAUGUGAGAGGCCAGCCUGUGAUGUCCCCUGUCCUGAACAAUUACAUUGUGGACACAACUGUGCUGGUCUUUGCGGAGAAAAAUGCCCACGCUUGUGCUCUAUAUGUGACAAGGAUGAGCUAAUUGCUAAUAGUCUGAAUGGCUAUGAUGGUGAUCCAACCACACUGUUUGUCGAAAUAGACUGUGGCCAUGUCAUAGAGGUUGACUUCAUGGACCAAUGGAUGGCCACUUCAGCAAGUGAUGACUCAGAUCAGAUAACUAUUGGAUUAAAAUCGUGUCCCAUUUGCAAAACACCAGUGAGAAAGUGUGGUCGUUACAAUAAGCAAAUAAAGGAGAUGCUUUGUCUUAUUGAAAGUGUUAAGCGCAAAUAUCUAGGAACUAAUCAGAAAGAAAAACAGCGCCAUCUGAGAGAAAUAGUUACUCAAUUGGGAGGUCAAGAAAAAAACAUAAUUGAUAGAUUCCUUGAACCAGGUGUUGCUAUACCAUCAGAAACUAUUUUAGAAUCUCAAAUAAACCAAGUGAAUCUCUUCAGACGUAUAUAUGCCCUACGCAGGGUAGCAAUAGAAUGUAAGGACAGAUGGCCACAGAGAUUAUUGACACUGGACAAUGUACUAAAAGACCUGGAAAGAUUUUCAGAAUGGACCCUUAAAAGCAGGACAACUUUCAGCAACCAGAACAAGACUGAUGCCGAGGAUGAGCUAGAGCGCAUCAGCAUUCUUAUUGAUCUGCACAAAAUAGAGUUAAAUAUUAGUGUGCGUGAACUGAGAGAUCAGAUUCCAAAAAAACAUUUUGUCAUGCUUGGGCAAAAUAUUGAAACAUUAUCCCAAUCUGUAAAAGCCAGCAAAGAUUUAAUCAGUGAAUCAAGGACUUUGUGUGAAGAUUUAAGAAAGCUUGUGCCAGAUUCACAUAUUGCACUUACUAAUGAAGAAAAGUUGGCUAUUGUUAAAGCAGUGAAUGUCAGUCUGGGGGCCUGGUAUAAAUGCCCAAAUGGUCACAUUUAUGCUAUUGGAGAGUGUGGCCGAGCCAUGGAGGAAGCACAUUGCCCUGAGUGUAGAGCCAGGAUAGGGGGCACCAAUCACGAACUUGUAGCCAACAAUCAAGUGGCACUGGAAAUGGAUGGAGCAGAAGGGCCAAUAUGGAAUAACUUAGAUGCUGACAGAGAACUUGCUGAAAGAUUGCAGCGCCAAUUAAAUGAAGGGCUGCAAGGUUACUUUUUUUAAAGCAAUGAUCUUCAAUACACUUUUGUUGUUGUCUUAAAUUCCAUGAUUGAUAUUAUGUUUUAUUUAUGUUGGCUAUUAAAUAAAAUUAUUUUUUUUUGACAAAGAAGAAAGAUAUGUUAUAUUAUAACUAUAAUUUAUUAUUUCUAAUUGAAUGCUGUUCAAUUUGGUUUAUUUUACUGCUGAAAUUUUUUUGAUGAUUCAAUCAAUUGUGUAUUAUUAUUAUUUUUACACAGUUGCCAUUAAUUAAAGUACUUUUCUUUUUAUUAACAUUUUCAUUAGUAAUGCCAAAGUUUGAAUAAAAACUAUUUGUAGACUAUGUAAAAUAUAAAACAGUUUAAUUAGUUUAAGUUUACUCUACGGCUACAUAAAGUUUGCAAUCUUUUUAAAACACAUUUUAAAGCAAAUAUUGGAGGCUAUGUGUAGAUCCUUAUUGACUUCUCGGAAGUUGUACAGUUUUAUUUCAUCUUUUGAAGUUUAACUUGACUAGCUUAGCUCUCCAAGCAUUGCUGAAAAACUGAGGCAAAAAGUUAUAUUUGAAUGUUAGAUAUUGAAAAGAUCUAAUACUCAUUAUUUUUUUUUAUUAAUAGAAUGCAUGAAAAUAAAUGAAUAGGUUUAUAUUAAGAAUAUAAAACUAUUUUGUAUUGCCAUAUCCUGAAAUGUAUUUCUUGUUUAUUUUAUCAUGUUCCUGUAGAGCAGAAUUCAGAUAAAAAAAAUAAAUAAUUAUUUUAUAUAUAUAUAUAUAUAAACUCAUAAUAAGAAGCCAGAUGUAGCCUAUAUUUCUAUUUAAGGCAUUGUUUGAAGAAUAUGGAAGAGUACUAUUUGACAAAACUAUGCUGACUCCUCUGUGAUAUCCAUUUUUUGUCACAUCUUAAUUGUCUGCUUGGUGCCGUUUAAUUUCUCUCUCACUUACUCAAAUUUUGUUUUUGCUGUCUGCACUAGUCUUUCAAUAGUGGCUUUGGCUUUCAAAUACAUGUUCAAUGAUAUUUCCCUGUAUCAUCUUAUUAGCUGCCUAAUAGGUAAAGGCAGCUAUUGGUUUAGAGCUGCCUGCAUCAUAAACUAAUAUCACUAUAAAAAUUAUAUUUCACCACUGCCUGUAUCAAGCGGAAAUUAAAUGUUUUACUUUUGGUUCUGUGAAAGCAAAGCUUUUAGUUUUUCAAUUGAAUUUGGUAACUACAUGCACCACUUCUAAAACAAAAUUUAAAAGUCUUAUAUAAUAAUAUACCACUGGAUAGUGUUACAAUGCCAUUGUGAUAUUAAAAGGAAAAAAUAAUCAAACUUUUUUGUUGUCUGAAAUAUUAUGCUUUGUUUUGAUAAAGGUCAAUGGAUUUAGUAAAAAAUAAAAAGCUACUUAUGGUCUUCUGAAAGAAUGCACUUUUCUUUUGUAAUCUAUUCAUAUUAUAUGCACAUAUAUGUAUAAAACAUAACGAGAUUAUAUAGGUAGUUAAUAUUAUUCAGCAACAAGUCUUCAUUUAGGUGUGUGUGUUCUUCUGUGAAAUGUAAUGUGUAAGCAUGACUGAUGUGAGAAAUCUUUUACAGGAUGGACACAGAUAUGUCCACUUUAGUUGAGUUUUGUACACAAUGUUGUAUUCAAAUUGAACCAAUCAGGAGUGUGGAGAAAUGUUAAACUACUGAAAAAAGAACCACUCGUUUGGAUAUAUAUUCAUAAUUUGUUAGAGUUUUUUGUUAGAUCGUUUUUAUAUGUGUAUUAGCUAAUAAAACUUUGGAAAUGAAA